CUGCCUGUCUUUGCAGAUGCAAUAAAUAUGAUACCGCAUGUGUAUUGGGAUUAGUUUCCGAAUAGCAGCUGCGUAGAGAUGGCAGUAGUUGCAUGCGCAAAUGUCACCUGGACAUACAUUUCUGUCAUACUUUUGUGCUUCUGUGGUCAUACCCGGUAAUAACCUUUGGCAGGAGUGGUACACAAACGAGUAGGAGACGUAAAAAUGUCAAGGCAAGGUACGCGGUUGGAUUCGAAAAAAGUUAAUUCAGAGUUAUUCACUCUCACCUAUGGUGCUUUAGUUUCUCAACUACUGAAAGAUUAUGAAAAUGUUGAUGAUGUUAACAAACAACUUGAAAGAAUGGGCUAUAAUAUUGGCAUAAGAUUAAUUGAGGACUUCCUAGCACGCACCAGUUCUGGUCGAUGUUAUGAUUUCAGAGACACUGCUGACAAAAUCCAGAUGGGUUUCCGAUUAUUUCUUGGUGUGACUCCUUCAAUUACAAACUGGAGUUCUGCUGGUGAUGAGUUUUCUCUACAGUUUGAGACCAAUCCUUUAACAGAGUUUGUUGAACUUCCUGACCAUUGCCUCAACCUGAAGUAUGCAAAUAUCUUAACCGGAGUGAUAAGAGGAGCAUGCGAGAUGGUUCAGAUGGAAGUCACUUCAUGGUUUGUACAAGAUCAGCUAAAAGGUGACAAUGUAACGGAACUACGAAUAAAAUUCAUCAAAAGAUUAGAGGAUGCCAUUCCAGCUGGAGAAGACUAAACCCAAUAAAAAGCACUACAUUCCAUUUAAUUACUGUAAUAAUCAUUAUAUGGGUAUAAUAACAUUAUACACACAAACUUCUGGAUAUAAACACUGUGUUGCUUAAUUCUCCCUUUCUCAUGGAAAUUUGUGAAACUGGAUGUACGUGUAUGUUGAACAUCCAGGUACACAUAGGAGAAAGACACUAACACUGAACUGAAUCCAAUAUAGCGGUGCCAGAUCAGUGGUCACCACACUGAUUUUGUCAUAUCUGAGUAAAGAUCACACAGUUGAUACUGGUAAUUUGUACACCA